AUGGAAAUUGCGGGACAGGGUGAUUUUGACAUUCCGGUUUCUAACUCCACAAAAAGAGGCAAGAAAGACUUGGAAGAAAAAAGGGUGGAGCAGGAACAGGGUGAGGAGGAGGAGCAGCAGGAGCAGGAGGAGCAGGAGCAGCAGCAGGCGGAUGGGGAGGAGGGAGACGAAGAUACUGCAGGUGAACAUGGAGAAGCUGAGGAGACCAAGCCGAGACCCAAGCCUUCUUUCGCUCCUUCGGCACUCAUUCCACCCAAGAUACCUGACGGGGAGAAAGUUGACUUUGACGACAUCCACCGUAAGCGCAUGGAGAAGGACCUCACAGAGCUGCAGAGCCUGAUCGAGGCCCACUUCGAGAACCGCAAGAAGGAAGAGGAGGAGCUCAUCUACCUGACAGAGCGCAUCGAAACCCGCCGAGCAGAGCGAGCAGAGCAGCACCGAAUCCGGGCCGAAAAGGAUAAGGAGCGUCAGAACAAACUUGCUGAGGAGAAGGCUAGGAGGGAGGACGAGGAGGCCAAGAAGAAAGAAGCCGACGAUGCCAAAAAGAAGAAGGUGUUGACAAGCCUGCACGUGACUGGAUACAUGCAGAAGUCUGAUAGGAGGGGCGGGCCGAAGAAGCAGACGGGCCGCGAGCAGAAGAAGAAGGUGCUCAGCGACAGACGCAAGGAGCUGAACAUCAGCAGCCUGAACGAGGACAAGCUGAGAGAUAAGGCCAAGGAACUCUGGCAGUGGAUGCACCAACUAGAGUCCGAGAAGUUUGAGCUGCAAUACAAGUACACACGGCAGAAAUAUGAGGUUACGGUCCUCCGGAACCGUGUGAGCGAUCAUCAGAAGACCACCAAGGGGGCCCGAAGCAAACGAGGCUUGAGGAAGUGACAUGGGCAACGAUGAAUGGACAGCAUGCAGGAAACACACAUGGGAAUUGCAUGCAGCAGACACACAUGGGAAUAGCUGAAACAGUGCUGUGUUGUGCUUUAUGUUGUACUGUAUGCAGAUGUAUCCGUAAUAACACUCAAAUCUACAAACACUUCAUGUUGUUUUUGAAUUCUAGAGAAAUAUAGAAUCCCAUUAGUCCAUGUUUAUAAAAAUGUUGUUUUGAAUGCAAUUGUUUUUAGAGAUUUCAUUAAAGUUAGAGUUGAGUUGA